AUGGACAACGCUCCGUAUCACAGCCGCAAAACCGACAAAAUCCCGACCAGCGAGUGGAAAAAGACCAACAUCCAACAAUGGCUACGGGCAAGAGGUAUAAUGUUCGCAGGCGAUAUGGUAAAAAUUGAAUUAUUACAUAUUGUAAAACAACAACAAGUAACAAACGUUUAUGCAGUAAAUGAAAUAGCGAAAAGAAAAAAUGUAACAAUUUUAAGACUUUCGCCAUAUCACUGCGAAUUAAACCCCAUAGAAAUGAUAUGCGCUCAGGUGAAAAAUUAUGUUGCAGCGAGAAACAGUACCUUUAAAUUUUGCGAUAUGGUACGUUUAUUUACGGAAGCAAUAAAUGUAGUUACUCCAGAAAAUUGGAAAAAAUGUAUUGAUCACGUGAUAACCGAUUUUGAAGAAAAAUUUUGGCAAUUAGAUGGUAUAAUUGAAUCAGCAAUAGAACCAUUUAUUAUAAAUUUAAAUGAUUCCGACGAUAGUUCAGUAUCAAAUACCAGUUGUGAGAGCAACAUAGAAUAA